UUUGGGUUUCACUGUACCGAUCACAAAAGUUCUGCACCAUAGUAAAAAGCUUAUCCUCGACGAUUUCUGUGAACAAAGCCCAUUUCUAAUAUAUCAAAAUGAAGAAAAUGGUGUUACAAUUAACAAUUGAGAACGAGAAAAGCAAGAGGAAAGCCCUCAAGGUGGUCGCAAAGGUUGAAGGGGUGGAUUCUGUGGCUGUGGACAUGGAGACAAAAAAGAUGACAGUAACUGGGAAAGCAGACCCUGUGAAUGUUACAUCAAAGCUCAGGAAAUCAGGUUUUUCCCAUGCACAGCUGCUAAGUGUAGAACUUAUCAAGGAGGAGAAAGCUGAGGGGGAGAAUAAGGAUGUGGAGAUAGCAGCGAUCCCAAACGUUUUGUAUGUCCAAAGACCACAUUAUUAUUAUGAUUACACUUAUGUCGACAGGCCUUAUUUUGGUUAAACUUACGUCAGAGAUAAUCCCAGCAGCUGCACAAUAUGCUUAAUUGUCAUGUACUUUGUGUCUCAAUUAUACCAACUUUCAGUUUCUGAA